ACUUUCCCCAGCGCCCUUAGCCAUGCUGUCCCGACUCCUUAAGGAGCACCAAGGCAAGCAGACGGAACGGAAAGAAGCGCAAGAAAAGAGGAGGAAGGAUGCGAUUGCUGCAGCUACUACUUUGACGGAAGCAUUGGUAGAUCAUCUAAAUGUGGGUGUGGCGCAAGCAUACGUGAACCAAAGAAAGUUGGACCAUGAGGUGAAGACGUUGCAGACCCAGGCUGCCCAGUUUGCAAAGCAAACAACCCAGUGGAUUAGUUUAGUGGAGAACUUUAACCAGGCCCUAAAAGAAAUUGGUGAUGUGGAAAACUGGGCCAGAAGCAUUGAAAAGGAUAUGCGCAUUAUAGCUACUGCUCUAGAAUACGUAUACAAGGGGCAACUGCAGCCUUCUGCCUCUUGAUCGGUUAUAUUGGUGGCUCACUGUGCAAGUGAAGCUUUAUUUAAAGUUGGUUGAGGCUUUACAUGAUUUGCAUGAGGAAGCCUGCACCUCUCCAGAUCUGCAAGUGCCAAUGGUAUUUUGUGGCAAUGAACAUAUUUAUUUAAAGCUGCGCUAUCCACAGUUGUAUACUACAUGCCUGCAGACAAGAGUGAACUAAAAUGAGGAUACCAUACAGAGGCGUCUGUGUAGCCCCUGAGAGAAGUUGGCCUAAAGAUCCCUUGGAAGGUCAUAUGUGGCUCAUGGACUACCAGUUCGACAAUAUUUGUGCAUAAGAAUAAUAGAAGACCAGCUUUUUGGAAAGGAUCUUCAAAUAAUGUCUGGAUUUAUAAAGUUUAGUUCUAAUGUGGCUACGUAAAUGGCCAUUCAUGUGCUCCUCAAAAGCUCACAACUGAUGGGUCACAUGGUGCACUAAAUACAUUGAUGCACUAAAUAAACAGCUGUUGAACACA